CUGAGUGCUCCGGCGGUGUUUACGUGACGACGUGUUAGAUUCGCGCUCACCGAAUUACAAUUCUUGUCGAUUCGACUCGCGGUGAUUCACGCGCGACGAAAGAAAUCGCGCUCGAUGACGCGCACGUAGCUAGCGGGUGGACCGGUCUGGCGUGGCAUUUUCAUCGCGGCAAGUAUGGCGGGCGCGGACGAACCUCCUCAAACCAGGUGCGCCUAUGGCUGUCAGGACACCACCUGUCAGGUCAGCAACUCCACGGCGUGCAGACCGCACGGCAGCCUCGCCAGAAUGCUCUACGACAAGCGGAAAGCUGACGAGUUUCUGGCGACGUAUGACAAGCGUAAGUGGUAUAGGGUGGACAAGAGCAAGAUCAGGGAAGAUCUGCUGGAUCUGUGGGUUCCCCUCGGCACCGGCCCCAACGCCGACCAGCCCGACAAAGCCGCCGAAAUUUUCCUCGUGAGAUCCGCGGAGAGAUCCGACUCGCUACCUCUGCAGGCCUGGCACUCGUUAGCCAGCUCGGCGUUAUCCUGGUUCAUCAGUCGAACGUCCAUAAAUGGACUGCUAGGACGCGGCUCCAUGCACGUGUUCUCCGGCGAACAAUUCCGAAAGCUAAUGGACGCGAGCGGCUUCACCGGCCCCUGGCAUUCCUUGGUGGACCUCGGGGCAGGUGAUGGCGCAACCACCGCCCACGUGGCGCAUCUCUUCGAGAAGGUGUACGCCACGGACAUCUCGCCCCCCAUGAGAUGGGCCUUGGCAAAGAGAAAAUUCACGGUGCUCAACGUGGAGAGAUGGCAUCAAGAGGCCGGUCCUUUUAACGUCAUCCUCUGCCUGAAUCUUCUCGACCGUUGCGACCGUCCGAACACGCUGCUGAGGCUGCUGCGAUCCUCGCUGGCACCCGGCGGCAGGCUGGUUGUCGCCCUCGUUCUGCCGUUCAGCCCCUACGUCGAGGUGGGCGAGAGGGGCAAUCACAAGCCGUUGGAGUACCUGCCGGUACGGGGCAACGGUCUCGAGGCACAGAUAGUCGGGCUGAUCGACAGGGUCUUCAAUCCGGCGGGUCUGCGAUGCCUCGUCUGGAGCAAACUGCCGUAUCUCUGCGAGGGCGAUUUGGGCCAGUCGUACUACUUCCUGGACGACGUGAUCUUCGUGCUGGAGGCGCGGCCUCCGGUCAGCACUCGAUCCUGCGAAUUCAACGCGACGACAAUGGACGACGUUGCGUCCCGCAAGAACUUUUGAAGAUUCGGAAGGGAAGGAAUUUGUACUUACACGUGCGACAAGAGAGACAGAAUGGAAAGGGGGUUGAAAGAAGAGAAAAAGGGAAAAAAUGACGAGAGGCGAGUGUCUCACACUUGUAAAAACUUUUAAUAAUUGCUGUCAUGAGUUAGAAUUAUGCAAGAAUACAGAAGAGCAAUAUUGGCAAGCGACGACGAGAGCUUAAUGUGCAGACACAGCGGGUUAGCGUUCUUUCGUGUUACAAAUAUCGAUUAGCGAUCCGAGUUUUUUAAAAAAGGGAACGACGGAUCGGGGAUAAGUAUGCGGCGCGCGCAUCUUAUCGUCUUAUCAUACUGCCGAAUUGUCGGUGUGUGCGAAAAAAGUAAUACGCGUUUUUUUUUUUCUUAUUCUCUUACGGUACAGAUAUGGCGUGAGAGUUCGAGCGAGAUUCGCGGAAACACGCGAAAAAUCUGUACACCGUUUUUCUCCGUCCCUCUUCCCUCCCUUACGUGCUCUCCGCGCGUUCGAGAGCACCUCUUCCCCUCAAAAAAAGAUUAAAUUCUUGUUCUAAUUACACUUAAGCUAAAUUAGAAAUUAAUAAACGUGUGUGUUCACAGAAACGAAAGUCAAAUAACAACAACAUCAGUCGCGCGGUGUAAACGGCGAUAAUAAAAGCCCGUGCAAAACGAAGGCUCUAAUAACAUUUAUAUAUUUAAAAAAAAAACGAUAAAGUUAUAGAGAAGAACACGUGUAUCAAAUAUACAUACAUAUAUAUAUAUACAUAUAUUUAUAUAUAUAUUUAUAUAUAUAUAUAUACACAUAUAUAUAUAUAAAGAGAUUAAACAUACUCCUCGACGUUUUGAGCAAUUGCACAAUUGUGGUUCGAAUUGUGUUGAACAGAUCGCGAAUCGCACACAAUCUCGGACGUUUCUCGCGCGUAUAUCUCAAAAUUCUUCUAUACUCGUCGACGUUUUCGUUGACUCUUUGUUUCCGCGCUCCCUUUUUUUUUUUUUUUUUUUUUUUGGCAUAAAUUGCAGCGACUUACGUCAUGGAUAUGCUUAAUCGUCGUUGGCCACACACGACCGACGACGGCGAGACAAACGGCGAUACGUUUGUUUUUCUUUUUUUUUCUUUUUCUUUUUUUUUACUUAAUAAUAACUACUAUAAGAAAUAAGUCCAUCUAGUUACUGGAAAUACACUUUGGUGUGCAACAAGUUAUCGUCGAAUUAUGAACCAUAUUGCAGCAGCCUUGUAAUAUAUAUAUAUAUAUACAUAUAUAUAUAUAUACAUAUAUAAUAUAUAUGUAUGUCAACAAAAACGCAGUCGCUGUAGAAGCCGGAUAUGCGUUCGAUUGAAAGUCAUUAUUUAUAAAAAAAGAAACAAUAAAAAUAAAAUAAAAAAAAACCCAAAAAACUCUGAGAAGGCUAUCCCAGACUUCCUAAUUGUCAUUGUCUCUCUGUGCGCGCAUUCCUCUGCUUCCGAUAACUGCAACAGAUUUACAAUAAAAUAAAAAAAAAAAACAACCAACA